ACGUAUCUGCGUUUGUAACCCAAUAGAAUAAGGGGAAUCAUAUGCAAAUGAGAUAGGAAUAGGAAGUGAAUUCCGAGAUGUCAGUCUAGCGGUAGCUACAUGUUAAUGCAUGUCCAUCGACAGAGAGGGAAAUAAUAGAAAACACGGACCGUAAAUUAUUUCGAGAUAAAUAUAGAAACAUCCCUAUGGAAAGACACGGAUUCAGACACAAAGGAGAAAAGGAAAAGACUGGACACGGUGUAGGAGAGGACGGUAAACGAGAUUUGACCACGUCACUGUGACUCUGUCACUGCACAAAUAAAGGCUGUUGGACAGAGUGGAUCAUCUUUUUAUUGAAUUUAAACCUAAAUUAGGCACCAUGGCCACCCAAGACUCGGGCUACUAUGACUACACCAUCGUCGCCCCGGAGAUGCCGGCCAUGUUCGACGGCAUGAAGCUGGCAGCGGUCGCCACGGUGCUGUACGUCAUCGUCCGCUGCCUGAACCUCAAGAGUCCCACCGCCGCUCCUGACAUCACCUACCAGGACACGCCCCUGAACCGCUUCCUGCUCAAGUCCUGCCCCAUCCUGACCAAAGAGUACAUUCCGCCCCUGCUGUGGGGUAAAAGUGGCCACCUACAGACAGCACUGUAUGGCAAGAUGGGGCGGGUGAGCUGCCCUCACCCCAUAGGCCUCAGGAAGUACUUACCCAUGCAGGAUGGGGCCACCGCCACCUUUGACCUCUUCGAGCCCAUGGGGGACCACCGGACAGGAGAUGACGUCACCAUGGUGAUAUGCCCGGGGAUCGGUAACCAUAGCGAGAAGCACUACAUCCGCACCUUUGUGGGUCACUCUCAGAAGGAGGGUUACAGGUGUGCUGUGCUCAAUCACCUGGGUGCUCUGCCCAACAUCGAGCUCACCUCACCUCGCAUGUUCACCUACGGUUGCACGUGGGAGUUUGCGUCCAUGGUGGGUUACAUCAAGAAGAUGUUCCCUCACACCCACCUCAUAGUGGUGGGCUUCAGCCUGGGAGGCAACAUCGUGUGCAAGUUCCUGGGAGAGAACCGGACCAAUCAGGAGAGAGUACUGUGCUGCGUCAGUGUCUGCCAGGGAUACAGUGCACUCAGGGCCCAGGAGACGUUCCUACAGUGGGACCAGUGCAGACGCUUCUACAACUUCCUCAUGGCCGACAACAUGAAGAAGAUCAUCCUUUCACACAGGGGCAGUCUGUUUGGAAAUGCAACGAAGAUGGAGGAUGCAGACCUGAGCCGGCUCUACACGGCCACCUCCCUCAUGCAGAUCGAUGAAACCAUCAUGAGGAAGUUCCACGGGCACAACUCCCUCAAAGAAUACUACGAGAAGGAGAGCUGUGUGCAUUAUAUUCACAAUGUUGACGUGCCACUUCUGCUGGUCAACUCUGCAGACGAUCCUCUGGUGCACGGGUCUCUGCUCACCAUCCCUCGUACACUGGCAGAGAAGAAGCAGAAUGUCAUCUUCGCCCUGACACUGCACGGGGGGCACCUGGGCUUCUUUGAGGGGGCCGUGCUCGUCCCCCAGCCCCUCACCUGGAUGGACAAGGUGAUCGUGGGUUACGCCAACGCCAUGUGCCAAUGGGAAAAACAGAAACCGCCAUGCCAAAAAAGCGGGAACCUGAAUACAUCCUGUCCUGAAGAGAAGGCAGCGUAAACUUUAACUUCCUGAACUCCUCUCUCACCUCUGACCCCCCUCCCCACUCAGAGGAGAAACCUUAACCAAACCUGAACUACUACUCUCUCUCUCUCUCUCUCACCUCUGACCCCCCUCCCCACUCACUGAGGAGAAACCUUAACCAAACCUGAACUACUACUCUCUCUCUCCUCUCACGCCUCUUCUCGGGCUACUGUCUCAACCCUCUCCUCCUCCUCCUCCUGGGUACCCCUAUUCCCUCAGCCUCUACUCCUCCUGCUGCCCCCCUCUAACCAAAACCACCUUACACGUGAAGGAACUAAAACGACUAAAUGCCUUUGUGCUUUGUCUCUGAGGGGAACUAGUGGAGUGGAGAGGAACAACUACUUCUGUCCUUACGUAUACAUUACCAAGAGAGAUCCCUGAGAUCCAACCAUGGAGACUUUGACCAAAUAUUCACUUUAAAAAAGGGAUAAAACAAACUGGCAUCCGACAAGUAGAGAAAAAGAGAGGGAGAGAGAGCGACAUGGUAGAUGUGUAGUCGUAGAGAAAAGGAGCACAGAAGAAACCUCCUAGUACUAUCUCUGAGGACUAAUGAAGCUGCAGUGACUGUACGCUACAGUGCGCUCACUGCUGACGACUGCCAAGGCUUUAGCCUAGUUUGCCGUCUUAAACCAACACCGCCUCUUUAUACAAUGUAUGUUACUCACAAAUAAUGUAUAAAAAGCCAGUUUAGUUUAGCAGGCCGUGUGUGCUGAGAAGGAGAGCUGCGGGAUAGCUCUGUUAGUAUGUGACCUUUUCUAUUAGGUUGAUCUGAUUCUCUGUUCUGUCUGUUUUAGUCCUAAAUAUGUUUUCUUGGUGAAUAGCAGCCCUUUUUGGAAGGUAUACAAAUAUGGAAUAGUUUCUUCUUCUUAUUAUUAUUAUACAAUUAUUUUCAGAUCACGAGUCCCCCAUAAAAUGAGUAUCUAUUUCGCACUUGAUUCCAUGUAGAAUCAAGGGGUAUGUCUCACAAUGCACCCUAGUUCCUAUGGUGAAAUAUAGUGGACCUGGUCAAAAGUAGAGCACUACAAAGGGAAUAGGGUGCCUUUUGGGAUGCAUCCAAGAUCUCACUCGCCCCUCAGUGGUAUUAAGCAGUGGAGGUAGGUUUUUACCUAGCGGACCUGACCUGUGGUCCAUCUCAAUGAGAUCCAUGCACAUUCCUACUGUCUCGUUGUUCUAUCACCUUUAUUCAAUGCACUUUAUACGUUGUAUGUCACAUUUCUUUAUUCAACCGUUUUGUUAUUCUUUCUUUUAUGGGACUAGCGGAAGACAAGGGUUUAAACUGUUUUGUUUUGCGUAACAUUUAGUUCAGUGACACUAACGAAUGAACGGGAGGGAGAGAGGUUGAUAACUCUUCAAGUUAGACGGCCCAAAUGAUCCCCGCGUUCACUAAACCCUACAGUCCACCCUCCCAGUAGAGGAUUUUUGUACUUAAAUUUUUUUCCAAAAUAGUGCCCUACAUGUUAGUACACUAUGUAGGGAAUAGUGUCAUUUGAGAUUAGCCCUCAGGGUGAGUCUUCCUUGGCUGUCUGUCCUGUGCAGUCAACCUACUGAGCCUUACUACUAACCCUAACCUACUCAGUCCUAUACCCUUGAUCAGCUCCAGGUCUUCUAAAGCAUGACUGACUAUAGAAUCAUUCCCUUACACAGAGUAGCCCACUGCCAAUACACAGACACUCCAGUGUCAGACACUCGUAUGGAAAUGGACCUAGCAGCUGAGACUCAAUAUCACUAAAAUACAUUUUCACAACGUAGAUAACUUGCUGUGAUUACUGGUUUAUCACAUCUGAUGUUGAGCCUUUCAUUGGCGAGGGCACUGUACAGACAUGAACAUACACUCAUGUAGAUGACUGGUAUUAUAGACCAUGUGUUCAUGGGACCUGAGCUGUGAGGUGUGCUGAGUAGGAUGGCCAUAAUCAUUGUGUUAAUGACUUCCAACAGACUCCAUUUUGUUGAACCAAAAGUCAUCACAGAAAAGUUAUUUUUUUAGUUGACCAGUGGUAGAAUACUGAUAUAAUAUUGGCAGUGUUGAGAUCUACCAGAGAGGAAGUUUAUUAGGGAACAUUAUCUUUCAAAGGGGGAGAGAACUACUUUCCAUUUAGUUUUGUCAGGACAGAAGGUCUUAGCACACACGUUUGUGUUUGAAGGAAUGCUGGAAUGUUAAUGCUGAAAGAUCCUGAGGUGUAUGAGAACGAUGUGUAGGUGAGAAUCUGAUGAGGUUUGCAAAGACUCAACCCCGAACUCAAGGGGGAGUGGCGCAAAAGAUCAAGUUUAGAUGUUAUAGCUGAGACGUCAUAGCUUUCCGUGUUUCCUCCUCUUCUAUAUAAUGGCCGUGCAUUUCCCCUUCAAAGCCUGCAGAGGCAGCCAUUCUGGUGGUGUGUUGUCAUGACAUGUCCAGUCCAGAGGUCCAGCCAAGUGAACUGUAGGGAGGUAAAGCUGGUGAUUCACUGUACAUUAGUGUUAUGUCCCAAAUGGCACCAUAUUCCCUAUAUAGUGCACUACUUUUACCCUGAGCCCUAUGGACUCUGGUCAAAAGUAGUGCACUAUAUAAGGAUUAGGAUGCUAUCCAGGCGUAUCAGUCUCACCCAACCCAUACCUUCUGUGUAGCAUAAUGAGCUCUUUCAACAUCACCUCAUGCCAGUCAUUUGGCUGGGUGGGUUCUUUCAGCCUUGUAAACCGUCACUCCCUUCUCGAACUUCACCUCAGUCAACUGGCAUCCAAACACAAGGGUGCCAUCUGCAGGCUUGGAGAGCAAACUACAACUUCUGUCUUAAAUCCAGCCAGUAGGUUACUGUAGUCCUUUAGACAUUAUUGAUGUUAACUCAGUGAGACAAGAUUUUAAUACAGCUGUUGAACUGAUGUUUAUUACCAAUGUUUGUUACCAAUUUUUAAGGACACUUCAGUUUUAGUUAAAAGUUUAUAGAAAAUCAAUUAGUCAGUGACUCGUCCAGUCUAACCGAUAGUCAUGUGGUUCUGAGAUAUCCCAGCGAGGAAGAUCUGAGUCUUGAUACACCAGCAUAACAAGCCGUCUUUGCUAUGACUCCACACCAACAGGGUGUGUUCUGUCUAGAAAUCCACUUAUCACCUAACUUUGCACAGAAAUGCAGGUUUGGAUUGUAUCUCUUCAAACUACUUACAGAAUUCAACAUUUAGUUUGUUUUUCAGAUGUAUUUUUUAAAUGUGUUUUUUGUAUUUUGUAAUGUUACGGUGACUUAUUAUUUUCUUGUAUGUGCAGAUCAGAGUGAGUUGUAUAUGAAUGAAUGUAGGUGUGUAUGAUGAGUCCUAACACCAUCUCUGGUUUGGAAAACCAAAACAUGUCUUCAAUUUUUAAAGAUAGAAAUGAAUUAAAUGUAUACAUAGUUCGGUCGUUCCACCAAUUUAGUGCCUUUUUAGAAUUCAGCUGGUAACAUUCUCUCAAAGUGCACAUGUUCAACUUAAUUACAAACACUUCCCAUCUCAAGAGGUUAAAUAAAAAUGUGACUAUUAAGUGUAAAGUAAUAGGGUUGGUGAUCAUAAAUCCCCCAUUGUGAUGGAGGGAAUGGGAGCCUGUUGUGUACAACUGGGAGGGGCAAUUGAAUGCAAGCUUUUAAAAAAUGAAAGUGCAAACAUUUGUAGCCUGUUUAUAUAUGGAGUAGCAGGGUUGUCGUGUUCUGCUCGACCCACUCAGUUCCCCACCACAAAACACCAGAACCAGCUCACCUGCUUUUACACUGUGAUUUGACUAUUAGAUAUUAGUUUCUUUAGGUUAUUAUAGUUUCACCAUUUUUAAAACGAGAGUUCAGUUUACAUAAGUAACAGAGUUAAUCUUAAAAUGAAGGGACUUUGUUUCCCUUGAAAUGAAUUACUCAUCACAUGAAAUAAAUUACAAUCUUCAGAAAUAACUGCCAGAGCAACUAAAUAACUAGGGCUUUACAAUGGAGAAAUGUUGAACUUAAGUGGGUUAAAAUGUUCAUGGAGGGACAUGUCAAUGCGGAUUUUAGUUUUGUGCACUUUAGGAAGUCUAUUCAUAUAAAAAAUGUGAUUUAUUGAAUUCUCCAUGUGAUCUAUAUUAAAGGGCACUUCAAUGAAUGUAACAGGCUUUUAAAAUGCAAUAUUGUUACACAAUUUCUACUUCAAAUAUCAAAGGGAUGCAAAAGGCAGUCAUUUGGUGAAACGACCCAGUUAUAUGUUACUGUAUGACGGGGACCAGGGGCCAUUUAUAAAAGAUUAAGGCAAUAAUCAAUAGGGAUUUGUUUCUCUCAAGGUGUAAAUGCAAACGUGAGGGAAAGAUGAGUACAAAAUGAAAGUGGGAGAGUAAUCUUAUUUCUGCAGUUUUGUUUCGACAUAGAGAAUGGGCUCCAAUCCAUGUCCGAUGUUCUGUUUAUUUUAGGAUUGAUAUGAAACAAUGUAUUCAUCUUAACUUCCGCUUGUUGACCCUAAUUGUGUAAGUGUGACUGACUAUGGUCUUGCAGGUCCUGAUUUUGAGAAACAACCCUUUGAGACUGGAUGAGGUCACCAGACUGAGAUCAGAGGUCAAAUGUAAAUAAUGUCUCACAGUAGGAGUGCUGAUCUAGGAACAGUUUUGGCUUUUAGAUCAAAAUACAUAAUUGGCUAUAUGGACAUUCUGGACCGAGAUCAGCACUCCUACAUCCCCAGGGGUUUAUUCCAUGGGCUGAAAUGUCCAGAACGAUGCUCAUAGAAAAGUAGUGCAUAGAACCAACAUGGUUCUCGAUUCCACAAGAAAGAAAGCUCUGUAAAUGCUAUGCAAUCCAUUUCUAUCUGAAACGUUCUGACCAUGCCACGCUGGUGAACACACCUAGAUAUGGGGAAUGGAGCCCUUUCCACCAAUAAGAACACAGUGAUCCAUGACAUCAACAAAUGUUCACUUUAACAUUCUAGAGCUUUUUUUCUUCUGUUUACAAUCCGUUUCAUUGUACGAAGAUGUUAGCUGUUUUGGAAGGGUGGUGGAUGUGGAAAUGUAAUUUUGGUGCACUGAUCUAAUCUUACAGUAUGACAUGAGUUCAGAUCACUGGUGUGUUUUUGUAAAGAAAACCAAUGGUGUGUGUGAUGUACUAAUAAAACAAAUAUGGUUGUGUUCCAAAAAUAAAUUAUUUUCUUGUAAAAAAGUUA